AUGGACAUCACCGCCUUCACCGUGGGCAAUCGCGAAGCUGCUCUGCUGAUCGCCGACUACAAUGCAUACCGCAAGCAGCUUUCGCGACAACUGCUCGCUCUGCGCAAGCGUCUGGGCCGCUCCACCAACAAGGGCCACAAGUACUCCGACAAGUCGCACAUCACCGCCGACGAUGUUGUGAAGAAUCCAAAAUCUGUACAUCUCCUGCUGCUCAGCUGUGAACGUGCCUGGGCCCAUGCCAUGCACAUCAAGUCCAUCCACUCCGAGGACAACCAGGGAAGCGGCAUCACCGGUACCACUCGCUCCCACAUCAUCUCUCGUUUCCACAAGGCUGCCACUCUCGCCAAUCACUUGACCGCCUUGCUCAAAGACCCGACAUGCACACCAUCGACCAAUCAAGAUUUGCUCGAAGCCGAAGCCUACCGAGCCUCCCUCUCUGGCGCCGAACACUUUGAGAAGCAGUCAGAGGGCCGUGUCGACACCGAGCAGUCGUCAAGAUGGGAUCUGUGUUUGCGCCAUUACUCGACCGCCCGUGUCAUCUAUGCUACCCUCUUUGCCCAAGCCAACAAGGAUCUUUUCCGCGAUAUACUGGCCAGCGCUGUCGAUCCUGCCAUCCGCUACGCUGCCUAUCAAGCUCGUCUCCCGCGUUCCGUUCCCGUCUCGACCGUCGCUCUGCGCUACUUCCCCAAAGACGACUCAUCUCUCGUCAAUCUGUUGCAACAACUCGAUCCUAAUGCUCUCAGCGAGACCACCACCGAAACUACGCCCCAGAAUCUGGGUACAACAAACAUCCCCAACACCGUCACCUGGCGUAACAUGACGGCCAACAUCGUAGACGCCUCGAUCGGCCAAGCACUUGCCGCUGUCGCAUCUGCCGAACCCCAAUUGACCUCCUACCUCGAAUCUAAUCCUUCAAGUCCGGCCAGAGACCGUGCUGGCGCCUACGACAAUGUUCUCAUUGCUAGCCAGGAUGCUGCAGAUGCCACUAGAAGAGCCAUCGAAGAGCUGGAAAAGGAAAAGGUGGAUGAAGGAGACAACAGGAUGCAGGAUCUGCGCGUCACCAGUCUUGCCGUCAACUACGCUCUUGUCAGCUGGCGUGUCGGUAGAAAUCGUGUGCUCAUUGGAUCGGAAGACGGCAGAUUGUUUGAAGACAAGAAGCAGAAAAGCAGCAAACGCGCUCGCGACCAGCACAAAAACGAGCCCAGGGGGAGUCAGCUUGCCCGUUUGCGCGAACGAGUGGUGCUCUACGAUUCCACCAUCCAGAGCAUUGACUCGAUCAAGGAAUUGAGAGGAGCCAUGAGAGAUGAGAGCUUUGUUCGCGAGGUGGACGGCAAACGUGCCUACUUCCAGGCUUUGAGAUGCCUCAACAUUGCAAUCUCGCAUGCCCUUUUGUCGGAACACGUAAAGGCUCUUGCCCUCUUGGCUCGCGCGCUACAACUUGCACAGCAGUGCUCAAGCUCUUUAGCCGCGCCCUCGGCUGCGGCGAAGUCUGCACCCACUCUCGACAUUCACAAAUCACAGGCCGAUGCGCUCCAGACUCAAGUGCAGCAGCUGGUCUACAGACACCAAGCGCUAGUCGAGCUGAACAAGUUCCACGACAAUGCAUCCAUCGCAGCAGCCAAGCACAUGUCUACUGCUGCUCCUCUUGUUCAACGACUGAGCGACUUCCCUACACCAGGUGUCAAGGUGGACCUCGAGAACUUGGUCUCUUAUCCGCCAAAGAUUGAGCCAAUCCCGAUAAAGCCGUUGUUCUUUGACGUCGCUUGGAACUACAUCGACUAUCCGACGACGGGCAAGCAAGCAGUGGAAACAAAAGCGGCCGCAAGCAAUGUAGCAGCCGAGGAGAAGCCAAAGGAAGAAAAAAAGAAGGGCUGGUUUGGAUUUGGACGAUGA